CAUGGCACGGCCAGAGGAGAGGGCGGUCUCGCGCGGCGGCAGCGAUUGGCCCGGCUGCAAAAACCGAAGAGACGUCGACUUGCUCGGAGCUGUCUCCGGCCCAUACAGGACCAUGACGACAUGUUCAUCGUGUGUCCCUGCUCGCAUUUAGCCCUCGCCGUCCAUUCCCACAGUCUCUCCAGCAUCACUUCAUCACCAUGGCGGAGCUUGACUCUGUUUCUUUGCCCGACACGGGCGGAGGCGGACCUGCCUCCGAGCGCUCAGGCCGCGCCGCCAUCGCCGCCCAAGCCUGCGAGACAUGCCGCGCCCGCAAGUCGCGCUGCGACGAACAACGUCCCAAAUGCGGUCUCUGUCGGCGCUUGGAUGUGUCUUGCAUCUACAGAGAACCGCGGCCGACCAAAAAGGACCAGACGUCAACCUUCAUCCUGCAAACCAUCCAACGCGUCGAGGACAAGCUGGACAGCAUCUUGCGCACCCGUCGCCCUUCAAACUUCUCCGGCUUUGGCGCGCCCCCAACCCCCGUCUUCACGCCCAACGAGCUCGGUGCUGAGCAGGGCCUGCAGCCAAGGCACCAGCAGGCCCCUCCCAAGCUCACCAAGUCGACCUCGACUGUCGCCGAGGAGAAUGCCGAAAACUACAAACGUCUGAAAGGCGCCCACUCGGUCAUCAUGUGGCCCGCAGUCCAGGCGCUAUUCCUUUCGUGCGGCGGCGACGAUCUCAAGCCUAUCCUGGAAGAAGGCUCGAAUUGGUUCAUGCGACAAGAAAUGCAAAAGCAUCCCACCAUCUUACCUUGCGAUGUUGGCCUGCGCGCCGUGCCUCUGUUCAGUUUCGGUGAUCCCGGUGCUCCCGGAAGGGUCCUGUUUCCAGACCUCAGUCAAGAAUUGAUGCGCCAGUACUCCGAGGAAUACUUUGGCACGUACAACAUGAUAUACCCCGUGCUGGACUGUGAUACUUUCAUGGAACAAACCCUACCACAGGUGUUGAAAGAAGGGUUUGGAGACGGCUGCCUGGCCUCGCUCAUCGUGCUAUUGGUCUGUACGCUGGGUAAGGUGGCAGUUGAGGGAACAAGCGGUCGUCCCAUCUCUACCAAGGAUGGAGUCGUUAGCGGGAUACGGGGAGGCCGUCCUGAGAGACCUCCAGCACUUGAGAUUUUUAAUGAAGCAAGGCGAAGGACCGGAUUUGUCCUGUCUCAAUGCUCAUUAGAGAACGCUCAAGUGCAUCUACUGACAGCAAUCUACUAUGAGACUUGCUCCAGGCAUAUAGACUUUUGGCGUAGCGCUGUAACUGCGUCGGAGGCUAUCAAAGCAAUUCUGCGAUUGCCCAUCGACUGGGAUUCAAAGGAAGGCGACGUUAUCAGGCGGGUGUAUUGGUCGUGCAAUAUCAUCGAAGCUUGGUACAAUCUGGAUCUGAACCUGCCGCAAACGGGCAUUGCAGACUUUCAAGACAGGGUUUCUUUGCCAUUGUUUCGCCCGCGAGAAGACCUUACGAACUCGCUCAAAAUCGAAGAAGCGAAGCACCAGUACAACUUUCUGGGAAUGGUUGCAAUACGUAAACUCAUCAAAAGAAUAUAUGAGACGAUGUACGAAGUUUCCCCAGCAACGCCAGGAGGUCCCGAGGCAGGCCAUGAUACCCCUCCGAUAGCCAUCAUCAAAGAGCUUGCCAGCCAGCUCGAUGCAUGGCGAUCGCUUCUGCCUGAGCCUUUACAGUGGAGUGAUGCCUCUCGCAACGACUACAAAUACUAUGACCCCAAAACCGACGAAUCAUACGAAGCUGUUUUCACUCCCAACACUGUCAAUCCCGUCAAUCAACCUUUGAACGUGGACGUAAUCGUUGCGCAACUGCGCGCGCGCUACUACUAUGCUCGCUUCAUGAUCUACCGUCCCUACCUAUAUAAAACGGUGCACUACCCGGACCUCGUGACCGAGGACGACAUCAAUUUUGCCACCCUGUGUCUUCAAAGCUGCAUCCUUUGGCCCGUCAGCAUGUCGCCGCCCAAGGACAAGAAGCGCUUGAUUCCCAACAUUUACGUCUGGACACAGAGUUUCUCAGCCUUCCUGCUUGUUUUUCGUGUCGUACGCGACCACCCUCUUCUGCGACAAAUAUGCGAGACGCGGCUUUCAAUGGCACAAAUUGAGGAGUCGAUCAGCUUGAUGAUUGAGUGGAUGGAGGACAUGAAGCAAGUCGACGGUGUUGCGGACUGGAGCGCAAGGCUUGUGCAGCCACUGUAUUAUGGUUUUGGUAUGAGGAGACCCAGCGACACGGAAAGUAUGGUGACAAUCUAG